AUGAUCCAGCCUGGUUUGGAGAGGAUCAGUCAGCUCUUGAAGAAUGUCAACUUCCCCUGGAAGUCAAUACAUGUCGCCGGCACCAAUGGCAAAGGCUCCGUAUGCCACUUCGCAUCGACGCUGCUUUCUAAGAGACUCAAAUGUGGGAAGUUCACGUCUCCACAUCUCAUAGACAGAUGGGACUGCAUAUCCAUUGGCAACAAGCCCGUAGAAGAGGCCCUCUUUCGCAAAAUUGAGAAGCACUACAUUGAUCUGAACAUAAAAAAAGGCAUCAAAGCUUCAAAUUUCGAGAUCUUGACCGCCACUGCCUUCCACAUCUUCAAUGAAGAGCAAGUACAGGUUGGUGUGGUUGAAGUUGGUAUGGGCGGAAAGCUCGAUGCUACCAACAUACUGAACAACCAAGUGAUUUCUGUAAUUUCAAAAAUAGCGCGAGAUCACGAGAGCUUCUUGGGCAGUACUCUGCAAGAGAUUGCACACCACAAAGCUGGUAUCCUCAGGCCCCAUGUACCCUACCUCAUCAACCCCAAGAAUGAGAAAAACGUCGUAUCUGUCAUCAACGAGUAUGCAGACGAAAUUGCUGCAGGACCUCGUCUUGAGUACGAUCCCCCAGGCUUUUCCAAGGUACUAUUCCAGAACAAGGACUGGCUACCAGCACAACCAGUCCAUCAAGAAAAUAUGGUCAUAGCUGCCAUGGCUGCAAAGACCGUAAUGGAGAGCUUCGGUAGAGAGUAUACAACCUGGAACAUGGGGCGCAUACUACGGAAGUCUAAAGUCGAAAACCCGGGACGAUUGGAAUCGGUUCAAGUACCGCCUAUCUUUGGUCAACGAGCCACGGUGUCAUCGAGGAUGUUUAAAGGAGAAUCCAUCCUGGUAGAUGGAGCCCAUAAUCCUGAUGCUGCUAGAGUGUUGAGUCAGCAUGUUCAAAAGUUUCAGAGGAGGAAGAAGAUCCCUAAUGAGGGUCGUGUCCCACGAAACGGAUGGCCUGUUACAUGGGUGCUUGCCAUGACCGAAGGGAAAGAUGCACAUAAAUAUCUAAGCCAGAUACUACAACCAGGAGACAAUGUCGUGACUACGACUUUUGGUCCGGUGGAUGGAAUGCCUUGGGUCAAGCCUAUGGAUCCCAGUCGACUUCUCGACAUGGCAAAAUCUGUCGAGCCUGGCAUCAUGGGAUUGGUUGCAUCAGAGGGCGGCCCACUUCGAGCGUUAUGCACAGCUAAAUAUCUCAGAGAUCCUGACCGACCUAUCGUUUUGACAGGCAGUUUAUACCUUGUGGGUGAUCUACACCGCGAGCGGCGGCUGCGACCGAACAAGGUGUAUUGGGAGGACCCAAAGUUUGAGGACGAUAGAAACAAAAUCGCCGCAAUGCUUGAAGAGGAGAAGCACAGAGUCAAUCGGAUACUAAGCGAUACUGAUACAUUCGGUCUCACCACUGAUUCCUUCGAUGAAUUGAAUCGGAAGAGUGGUAUAUGGGGAAAGCAGAUGGCAGAGCGGGAGAAGCAGAGAACCAUACAAGAAGAGAUUGCGGCUCUUGAUGAAAAAGUGGAGUCUCUCACAGAAGAAGAAAAGCUUCUUAGGCUGGAAGAACCCUCAGCUAUAACAGAAAUCACGAGAUUGACAACACUAGAAAAUGGUGCGAAUUUAAGCUAUCAUAAAACCUGGUAA